AUGACCUUCGAAUUGAAAAACAAUUGUAUCUUGAUUCGUGUAUGUAUUACAUAUAUUUACCAGAACUUUGUCAGUGACUUGAUACGGUCACCUUUACCAUACAUUAACCAGAGCUUUGUCAGUGACUUGAUACAGGCACCUUUGCCAUACAUUAACCAGAGCUUUGUCAGUGACUUGAUACGGUCACCUUUACCAUACAUUAACCAGAGUUUUGUCAGUGACUUGAUACGGUCACCUUUACCAUACAUUUACCAGAGCUUAGUCAGUGACUUGAUACGGUCACCUUUACCAUACAUUAACCAGAGCUUUGUCAGUGACUUGAUACGGUCACCUUUACCAUACAUUAACCAGAGCUUUGUCAGUGACUUGAUACGGUCACCUUUACCAUACAUUUACCAGAGCUUAGUCAGUGACUUGAUACGGUCACCUUUACCAUACAUUAACCAGAGCUUUGUCAGUGACUUGAUACGGUCACCUUUACCAUACAUUAACCAGAGCUUUGUCAGUGACUUGUUACGGACACCUUUACCAUACAUUAACCAGAGCUUUGUCAGUGACUUGGUACGGACACCUUUACCAUACAUUUACCAGAGCUUUGUCAGUGACUUGAUACGGUCACCUUUGCCAUACAUUCACCAGAGCUUUGUCAGUGACUUGAUACGGGCACCUUUGCCAUACAUUAACCAGAGCUUUGUCAGUGACUUGAUACGGGCACCUUUGCCAUACAUUCACCAGAGCUUUGUCAGUGACUUGAUACGGACACCUUUACCAUACAUUAACCAGAGCUUUGUCAGUGACUUGAUACGGUCACCUUUGCCAUACAUUCACCACAGCUUUGUCAGUGACUUGAUACGGGCACCUUUGCCAUACAUUAACCAGAGCUUUGUCAGUGACUUGGUACGGACACCUUUACCAUACAUUUAUCAGAGCUUUGUCAGUGACUUGAUACGGGCACCUUUGCCAUACAUUAACCAGAGCUUUGUCAGUGACUUGAUACGGACACCUUUACCAUACAUUUAUCAGAGCUUUGUCAGUGACUUGAUACGGUCACCUUUACCAUACAUUUAUCAGAGCUUUGUCAGUGACUUGAUACGGGCACCUUUACCAUACAUUAACCAGAGCUUUGUCAGUGACUUGGUACGGUCACCUUUACCAUACAUUGACCAGAGCUUUGUCAGUGACUUGAUACGGACACCUUUACCAUACAUUUAUCAGAGCUUUGUCAGUGACUUGAUACGGGCACCUUUACCAUACAUUAACCAGAGCUUUGUCAGUGACUUGAUACGGUCACCUUUACCAUACAUUCACCAGAGCUUUGUCAGUGACUUGAUACGGACACCUUUACCAUACAUUUAUCAGAGCUUUGUCAGUGACUUGUUACGGACACCUUUACCAUACAUUUACCAGAGCUUUGUCAGUGACUUGAUACGGACACCUUUACCAUACAUUUAUCAGAGCUUUGUCAGUGACUUGAUACGGUCACCUUUACCAUACAUUUAUCAGAGCUUUGUCAGUGACUUGAUACGGUCACCUUUACCAUACAUUAACCAGAGUUUUGUCAGUGACUUGAUACGGUCACCUUUACCAUACAUUUACCAGAGCUUUGUCAGUGACUUGAUACGGACACCUUUACCAUACAUUUACCAGAGCUUUGUCAGUGACUUGAUACGGUCACCUUUACCAUACAUUAACCAGAGCUUUGUCAGUGACUUGAUACGGACACCUUUACCAUACAUUCACCAGAGCUUUGUCAGUGACUUGAUACGCACACCUUUACCAUACAUUCACCAGAGCUUUGUCAGUGACUUGAUACGGUCACCUUUACCAUACAUUAACCAGAGCUUUGUCAGUGACUUGAUACGGUCACCUUUGCCAUACAUUCACCAGAGCUUUGUCAGUGACUUGAUACGGUCACCUUUGCCAUACAUUCACCAGAGCUUUGUCAGUGACUUGAUACGGGCACCUUUGCCAUACAUUAACCAGAGCUUUGUCAGUGACUUGGUACGGACACCUUUACCAUACAUUUAUCAGAGCUUUGUCAGUGACUUGAUACGGUCACCUUUACCAUACAUUAACCAGAGCUUUGUCAGUGACUUGAUACGGACACCUUUACCAUACAUUUAUCAGAGCUUUGUCAGUGACUUGAUACGGACACCUUUACCAUACAUUAACCAGAGCUUUGUCAGUGAUUUGAUACGGGCACCUUUACCAUACAUUAACCAGAGCUUUGUCAGUGACUUGAUACGGGCACCUUUGCCAUACAUUCACCAGAGCUUUGUCAGUGAAUUGAUACGGUCACCUUUACCAUACAUUAACCAGAGCUUUGUCAGUGACUUGAUACGGGCACCUUUGCCAUACAUUCACCAGAGCUUUGUCAGUGACUUGAUACGGGCACCUUUACCAUACAUUAACCAGAACUUUGUCAGUGAUUUGAUACGGACACCUUUACCAUACAUUAACCAGAGUUUUGUCAGUGAUUUGAUACGGACACCUUUACCAUACAUUAACCAGAGCUUUGUCAGUGACUUGAUACGGGCACCUUUACCAUACAUUAACCAGAGUUUUGUCAGUGACUUGAUACGGUCACCUUUACCAUACAUUUACCAGAGCUUUGUCAGUGACUUGAUACGGUCACCUUUACCAUACAUUUACCAGAGCUUUGUCAGUGACUUGAUACAGGCACCUUUGCCAUACAUUCACCAGAGCUUUGUCAGUGACUUGUUACGGACACCUUUACCAUACAUUUACCAGAGCUUUGUCAGUGACUUGAUACGGUCACCUUUACCAUACAUUAACCAGAGCUUUGUCAGUGAUUUGAUACGGGCACCUUUACCAUACAUUUACCAGAGCUUUGUCAGUGACUUGAUACGGGCACCUUUACCAUACAUUAACCAGAGUUUUGUCAGUGAUUUGAUACGGACACCUUUACCAUACAUUAACCAGAGCUUUGUCAGUGACUUGAUACGGGCACCUUUACCAUACAUUAACCAGAGCUUUGUCAGUGACUUGUUACGGACACCUUUACCAUACAUUUACCAGAGCUUUGUCAGUGACUUGUUACGGACACCUUUUCCAUACAUUUAUCAGAGCUUUGUCAGUGAUUUGAUACGGGCACCUUUACCAUACAUUAACCAGAGCUUUGUCAGUGACUUGAUACGGUCACCUUUACCAUACAUUAACCAGAGCUUUGUCAGUGACUUGAUACGGUCACCUUUACCAUACAUUCACCAGAGCUUUGUCAGUGACUUGAUACGGACACCUUUACCAUACAUUUAUCAGAGCUUUGUCAGUGACUUGUUACGGACACCUUUACCAUACAUUUACCAGAGCUUUGUCAGUGACUUGAUACGGACACCUUUACCAUACAUUUAUCAGAGCUUUGUCAGUGACUUGAUACGGUCACCUUUACCAUACAUUUAUCAGAGCUUUGUCAGUGACUUGAUACGGACACCUUUACCAUACAUUUACCAGAGCUUUGUCAGUGACUUGAUACGGGCACCUUUACCAUACAUUAACCAGAGCUUUGUCAGUGACUUGAUACGGUCACCUUUACCAUACAUUAACCAGAGCUUUGUCAGUGACUUGAUACGGACACCUUUACCAUACAUUCACCAGAGCUUUGUCAGUGACUUGAUACGCACACCUUUACCAUACAUUCACCAGAGCUUUGUCAGUGACUUGAUACGGUCACCUUUACCAUACAUUAACCAGAGCUUUGUCAGUGACUUGAUACGGUCACCUUUGCCAUACAUUCACCAGAGCUUUGUCAGUGACUUGAUACGGGCACCUUUGCCAUACAUUAACCAGAGCUUUGUCAGUGACUUGGUACGGACACCUUUACCAUACAUUUAUCAGAGCUUUGUCAGUGACUUGAUACGGACACCUUUACCAUACAUUAACCAGAGCUUUGUCAGUGACUUGAUACGGUCACCUUUACCAUACAUUUAUCAGAGCUUUGUCAGUGACUUGAUACGGACACCUUUACCAUACAUUAACCAGAGCUUUGUCAGUGACUUGAUACGGGCACCUUUACCAUACAUUAACCAGAACUUUGUCAGUGACUUGGUACGGACACCUUUACCAUACAUUAACCAGAGCUUUGUCAGUGACUUGAUACGGGCACCUUUACCAUACAUUCACCAGAGCUUUGUCAGUGACUUGAUACGGUCACCUUUACCAUACAUUAACCAGAGCUUUGUCAGUGACUUGAUACGGUCACCUUUGCCAUACAUUCACCAGAGCUUUGUCAGUGACUUGAUACGGGCACCUUUGCCAUACAUUAACCAGAGCUUUGUCAGUGACUUGGUACGGACACCUUUACCAUACAUUUAUCAGAGCUUUGUCAGUGACUUGAUACGGACACCUUUACCAUACAUUAACCAGAGCUUUGUCAGUGACUUGAUACGGUCACCUUUACCAUACAUUUAUCAGAGCUUUGUCAGUGACUUGAUACGGACACCUUUACCAUACAUUAACCAGAGCUUUGUCAGUGACUUGAUACGGGCACCUUUACCAUACAUUAACCAGAACUUUGUCAGUGACUUGGUACGGACACCUUUACCAUACAUUAACCAGAGCUUUGUCAGUGACUUGAUACGGGCACCUUUACCAUACAUUAACCAGAACUUUGUCAGUGACUUGGUACGGACACCUUUACCAUACAUUAACCAGAGCUUUGUCAGUGAUUUGAUACGUGCACCUUUACCAUACAUUUACCAGAGCUUUGUCAGUGACUUGAUACGGGCACCUUUACCAUACAUUAACCAGAGUUUUGUCAGUGAUUUGAUACGGACACCUUUACCAUACAUUAACCAGAGCUUUGUCAGUGACUUGAUACGGGCACCUUUACCAUACAUUAACCAGAGUUUUGUCAGUGACUUGAUACGGUCACCUUUACCAUACAUUUACCAGAGCUUUGUCAGUGACUUGAUACGGUCACCUUUACCAUACAUUUACCAGAGCUUUGUCAGUGACUUGAUACAGGCACCUUUGCCAUACAUUCACCAGAGCUUUGUCAGUGACUUGUUACGGACACCUUUACCAUACAUUUACCAGAGCUUUGUCAGUGACUUGAUACGGUCACCUUUACCAUACAUUAACCAGAGCUUUGUCAGUGAUUUGAUACGGGCACCUUUACCAUACAUUUACCAGAGCUUUGUCAGUGACUUGAUACGGGCACCUUUACCAUACAUUAACCAGAGUUUUGUCAGUGAUUUGAUACGGACACCUUUACCAUACAUUAACCAGAGCUUUGUCAGUGACUUGAUACGGGCACCUUUACCAUACAUUAACCAGAGUUUUGUCAGUGACUUGAUACGGUCACCUUUACCAUACAUUUACCAGAGCUUUGUCAGUGACUUGAUACGGUCACCUUUACCAUACAUUUACCAGAGCUUUGUCAGUGACUUGAUACAGGCACCUUUGCCAUACAUUCACCAGAGCUUUGUCAGUGACUUGUUACGGACACCUUUACCAUACAUUUACCAGAGCUUUGUCAGUGACUUGAUACGGUCACCUUUACCAUACAUUAACCAGAGCUUUGUCAGUGACUUGUUACGGACACCUUUACCAUACAUUUACCAGAGCUUUGUCAGUGAUUUGAUACGGGCACCUUUACCAUAA